CGAAACCAAGGCAAUUCAGGCGCCCGACAGAGCGCAGUCGGCCGGCCUCUUACAGGCACUUGCCAACGAGGAAAAUCGAUUCCAUCCAUGACAUGAACGAGGUCGCGUGAAAAUCAUCCGGCAGGAGCGUAGAGGGCAACAUGGGCAACAACCAUACUGCGAACCGCCAUGGUGCCGUUAUCGACAACCAGACACUGGAGUUCCUUCACAAAGCCGACAGAGAUGCCCUCCACACGUAUGCAAACCACACACGAGUCAAUGAGGGAGGGGGAGCGACUGGGGAGCGGCAGUUGACAGCUGUGUGUGUUCGGGUGUGUUGUGCCAUCUGUGUAUGUGUGCAGCCGGUCGGAGGUCGGCAGCCUCAGAGUCACGGCCCACUUCCUCUAUGAAGUCGACUUCUCGGCCGCCGUCCUGUGCAACCGACUCAAUCGCUGCCUGGCGGCCAAGGGACUGCACACCAUCAUCGCAUUCGACGCUCAGCUGGACCGGCCUCUGCUGCUGAAGGCCAUCUGGCUGGUGGACACGCAGCAGUGGACCGAGGUGGCCGAUGCGCUGAAGUUGGCGGCUCAGAGAGGCUUCUGCCAGCUGCCCAUCACACUGGCUGUGGCGGAUUGUGAGCGUCACGAUAGCAAACAGGUGGGCAGAUGAGCGUGGCGUGGGUGACUGGCACUCAUCUGUCUGUCUGUCUGUCUGUCUGUCUGUCGCGUGUUGUCUGUGUAGGCGUAUUUGGCCGAUGUGCGUGUGAUUGCGUUGUGGAAGAUGGUCGGCCGGCACGUCAACUUCGGCGGCAACUACGGCCGUUUUGAGCUGUUCGACCAGCCGGGCGGCGGUGUGCGUGCCAUCAAGGACGAGCCGGGCUACAAGCUGGACAUCAACCCGCCCCUCCCCCCUGCCCACCCAUACCACACACACACCAUCAACGACAACCCGCCCGUCAGAUCCACAAUCUGCCGGCAGGAGGGCGGCUGGACGGCCGAUGGUGCGGAGACCACUGAUGCAUCGAUCUCGGCCUUCAUCACAAGGGUGAUCCUGGCGGUCUCACUGGCCAAUUGGGGCAAGACUCCUUUGGUUCUCAUAGACCGGUACGCAGGACAGACCACACUCAGGCAGACACACAUCCAUCCAUCCAUCCAUCCAUCCAUCAGGGCCUCUUCCCUCUGUUAUGUGCUGGUCUCCUCAGGCGUGCUCACGGCGGUGUGCUGGACGGCCUCCUCAACCACUCGCCCCACCAGCCCCCCAACCGAUGCACCGCCAUCAUGGCAAGCAGGUUGGACGAUAGGUAUCCCCCUUUAGAGAUUCGGACUGUGCUGCUGACGCCAUUCAACGGCCCAUUCGUCGCAUGGAUCGAUCUGUGUAUCGUCCCCGACACGAACAUAGGUGAGAAAGGGGUCAGAGAUCCUCUCUGUUGACUGAGCCAUUCUUUGACGUGUGCUGUUUCGCUGCAUGCAGUGUUUGUUUCUGCCCUCACCACCGAGCCGCCAGUGGGUGAUGCAUCGGAUGCCUUCAAGGACCGCCGGCCCGUCACCGCCCCUCUGGUGGGCGGCCCGCUGGGCAGCACCAUCGCAGAUAUGGUGGUCAACCGACAGGAAGUCGCUGAUGAGGGUGAGUGUGCAGCCGGCCGCCUCCGUCUCGUUAUGUCGGCUGGUUGAAUCGGUCCUUGUGCUUUGUGCAGAGGAGGGUGCGGAUGACGAGGAUGGUGAGGAUGACGAUGACGACGGUAGCGAUAGUGAUGACGGUCAGUGGGGGGCGUGUGUAUGUGAUUGGGCUUACUCGUACGUGUCCUGCGUGUGCCUUCCCUGUAUGUGUGUGCAGACAUGGAUGGCGAGUUGGAGGGCGAUGCCGAUGGCGACGGCUAGCAGUAGCAGGAGGAGAACGAGUGUGAAGAACAGGGGCAGGAGAAAAAUGCAUGGACGAAUGCAUUCUGUGAAAGUCCCGCGUUUUUGGGUAUUGGUGGAGGCGAUGGAUGCGAGAGCGCUUGUCCAUCUGAUCUGCCUGGGUCUUGACAAAUGUGUGUAUGUGGCUG